UUUAAAUACUCUACGCAAGUGCAACCCAACCCACUCUUAUAUAUGCUUCCCUUUCAUGGGGUUUGAUGGCUCUAAGGAGACAAAUAACCUUCUUUUUAAUUAAUUGUUUUCUUCAUUAAUAACGCCCCUUUCAAAUCCCUUUAUUUUCUCUGAGCUUCUGUCGUUGCGUAUAGGAGGGAAUUAUAAGAUUCAGACUUAAGACAGGGGUCAUGUUGUGGGUUUAAUUAGCACUCAUAGGUGUUCACAUCAGUUGAAUCAAUCGGUCUAGUGUAUCAGAACAGAUUACUGUGUAAUUAACACAAAAAACAAAGAUUAGAGUUAUAUAUAUAUAUAUAUGGAACAGAAAGGCCAAGAAAAGGAAAUGGGCAUGCCAAAAUCCAUGGGUUAUAAUCCAUCUCAAGUCCACCAACAUGAAUCUUCAAGUUUAUCAGAUAGAAGAAAUGAAAAGGCAGGCAGUGGAAAUGUCAUUCUCAUCCCUAUCCAAACCCUAAAUAAACACAAUCACCAUUCCAAAAAUGGGCAUAGCCAACAAAAUUCACAUCAAUUAGAAGAAGAAAGGGAUCCAAACCUGGAUCUUGAUCCACUUACUGCAGCUAACAAUAGAGCACAACUACGACCACAAUCGACAACCUCAGGAAAUGGCACGACCACGACCACGACAAGCUCAUCAGUUAGAUACCGAGAGUGUCUCAAGAAUCAUGCUGCAAGUACGGGAGGACAUGUCCUUGACGGAUGUGGCGAAUUCAUGCCAAGCGAAGAAGAAGAAGGUACCCCACAAGCGCUAAAGUGUGCAGCUUGUGAUUGUCACCGAAAUUUUCACCGGAGAGAAACUGAGGCUGAGACGCAGAUAGCUCGCGCAGGCCCCCCAUAUUCUACAUUCAAUCCAUCAACACAUAGUAGCAAUUACUGCCACAAUUAUAAGUACUCCCAUAGUACCGGGCCACCAGUGAUGAUGAUGACUUUUGGAGGGAAUUCUGAAUCAUCAAGUGAGGAUCUAAAUUUGUUCAAUUCUAAUGUCGGAGGAGGACAAGUUGUAACGCAACCUAAUUCGAAGUCGAAGAAGAGAUUUAGGACAAAGUUCACAGCGGAACAAAAAGAGAGAAUGCAUGAAUUUGCUGAGAAGGUAGGAUGGAGUAUACAGAAGAAAGACGAACAAGAAUUGCAACAUUUCUGUAACGAAGUGGGUGUCAAGAGACAAGUUUUCAGAAUAUGGAUGCACAACAGCAAACAAGCAAAUAAGAAGAGACAAAUGUAAGACAUCAUUACUGCUAAUUAAACCUUGUUUUAGAUCAAAUUAGAUUCUUUUGGGGACUAAUUUCUUUGUGCAUAAAUCAAAGAGACAAGAACAAACGAUAUCUCGAUACAAUUUAUGAACUCUAAUUAGCAGCUUAAUUAGAUGGUUGAGUUGUAAGAUCGUAUUUUCCCUCUUCCUAAUCAUAAAAUCUCAGCACAUGUGUGUUUAGUACUACGGAAGUAAAUCUUUUUUAUCCCAAAAGUGACUAAUUUUUUAGUGCUU